AUGGACGUGCCGCCGGUCAAGCUAUCAGAGCUUCUACGGCACCCCGACGACCUGGACAAGAUCGCGGGAUUAAAAGCUGAAUUUUCUCGCAAGAAGGCCGCGGUCGACUCGCAACUACGCGCCGGCCUGCGCGAGCAGCUCGAGACCGCGCAGGCCGGCAUGAACGGACUCGUCGACGGGCAAAAGACGGUGCAGCAGAUAAAGGAAGAGAUGAUCAAGAUCGACCGGCUGUGCUCCGAGUCGCAGAACAUGAUUGCCGAUUUCGCUACCAUCAACCUUGUGUCGCAGGCGCAUCGGAAUUUUGGUGCGGUUGAGACGAUGAGGAGGAAUCUUGAGACGUUUAAUGAUCGGUUAGCGGCGAUUAAUGAUAUGUUGAGGCAGGAUGACGAGGAUGCGGAGAAUAUGCCUAACUUGUUGGCUGUGCACUAUGAGUUGACACAGCUGAGGAACAUAAGGGAUGAUGCGAUGGAGCAGAUACAGCGUGCUGAUGACCCCGGUUUGCAGGCUACACUGGAGGAUUACUUUUCUCGGCUGGAUGAGGCUAUUGCUUGGUUCGACGACCAUAUCGAUCUGAUCGCCCGCAGUCUGAUCAACUUGGUUAUAGCCGACAAUACGAGCUUAGUCGUUCGCUUCGCUCUCGUCAUCGAAGCCGAAGAACGCAGCGACCAGCGCGUGCUGGCCCUACAGGAGGCGCUCAAGGACCACAAGGAGAUGGCAGUGCGCUUCCAGAGCAUCACUGAUGGGGCAAAGACCGUCCGUGGCUACAAGGACCGCUUCCUCGGUGCCAUCCGCAAAAUUGGUGAGAGCCAGUUCGAGCAGACGCGUGCCGAGUUCAUGGACGACCCAGGCGCUCUCGAGAAGAGCCUACGUUGGUACUUCAACGACCUCAACACGGUCCGCCUAGGCAUGGUACAGCUCAUGCCUAAGAAAUGGAAGAUCUUCAAGACAUGGACGAACAUCUAUCACACCAUGAUGCACGACUUCCUGAUCGGUCUCAUCGACGACCCGCAAACAACAUCCAGCCACACCCUCGAAAUCGUCGGCUGGCCCGAAAAGUACUACCGCAAGAUGGGCAAGCUCGGCUUCAAACAAGAUGAACUCACCCCCCACGUCAUCGACAACCGCGAGACUGAACUUGUCCGCGACUUCCGCCAGCUCAUCAUCAAGUUCCUUGACGAAUGGAUCGGCCGCAUCCAGGCCCAGGAGCGCAAGGACUUUGCCGACCGCACCGUCGAGGGUGCCAACCUCGACCAGGACGAGUAUGGCUACUUCCGGACGAAGAAUCUUGUCGAUUUGUGGCGCAUGCUGCGUGGUCAACUGGAUGCCGCUGCUAACUCGAAACGCGCUGAUGUUGCCGAGGGUGUGGUAGAUGCUAUGUUCCAGCGCCUCAGGCAGAGACAGCAGAACUGGCAGAAGAUGCUUGAGGAGGAAGCGGCGAAGUAUGAGAGCGGGAAGGUUACCGAGCUGGACGGGUUUGGUCCCUUGCAGGAUUGGCUUGUGGCGACGGCCAACGACCAGAUUGCUUGCAUCGACGAUGCGGAUGAGGGAGACCCCGAGGGUGCGGGCGGCGGCCGGGUAGCAUACCUGACCGAUUUCCGGCGCAAGUUCGCGCCGCUCGUCUCGCCAGCAUACAUGGACCGCGCCGAGGCCGAAGUCGCUGCCCUUCGCGAUGGCUACCUCGACCUAGCCACCUGGUGCAUGACCAAGUUCGCACAGCUCAUAUUCGUUGUCGAUUUCAAGUCUGUCAUGCCCGACUUCUUCACCCCGCGCUGGUACACCACCACGCACAUGGCGCGCAUGGCGGCCACGCUGGACGAGUACAUCGCCGAUUACCGGCAAGUGCUGCACCACUCCCUGGUGGAUAUCUUCGUCGAGAUCCUGGCGGACGAGUUACUCGUCCGCUACCUCAGCGCAGUCCGCAACAAAGGCGCCAAGUUCCGCCGAACAGACCAGUUCCAGGACAAGAUCUACGACGAUCUUAAGACGGCCUUCGACUUUUUCAACGCGCUACCCAACCCGGCGCUGGCGAACUCUAUCAAGGAGACGUGGCGCGUUACCGAGCCGUUCUUGCAGCUGUUGUCGGUCGAGAAGGAGGCUGUGCCAGAUACUUUUGCCGCGUUUAAGACGGCGUACUGGGAUCUGCAGAUUAGCUGGGUUGAAGCGGUGCUUAGAGCGAGGGAUGAUUUUGAUCGGGCCAUGCUAAAUGCGGUUAAAUCGAGAGCCGCUCAGAUGGAUGUAGUGAGGGGCCCGGAGACGAUUAUGAGUAAGGUAUACCCAUCGACAAAAUACUCAACAACCGCCGACAGCACAACUUCCCUCGACCUAACCCCCGCGACGGAAUCCUCAACCUCCCUCUUGCUUCCCCGUCCAGCGCCCCCCAGUGCCUCUUGGAAACCUCGCCACGCCAAGCAUACCAAAACCGUCCUCGAAGCCGUCGCAGAUACCCUUCCCCCUUGCGCCCGCCGCUGCGUAAUCGAGAUCACUCUUCAGCGCGAGGGCGCCAAAGUGGCCUGUUCGACCCCAAGUACAGGCAAUAACCUUGCUCCUCGCAGGGCGCCCGCCUUCAGUGAUAGCCACGAUGAUACUCGUGACUUGUUUGAUAAUAGCAAACAUCCUUACGUGCAUGUUUCUAGUCUGGACGAUGUGGACGCUGUUUACGGUAGCCGUACGGCUGAUCGAGAUUGGGAUGUUUGCGGCGGGAGGGGUAAGGGGGAUGGCGAGGUUUUGAGAGGCGUAGGGGUAUUGGGGCGCAGUGACGAUGUUGAUGAAGCAAGUGAGCCGGGUAUCGACGCUGCGGCGAGGGAGUGUCUUUGUGGAAAUGGGACGGAGGUUGAAGACGGCUCGAGGAGCCUGGGGCGUCUAUUCUACGCCACUGCGCUCACGGAAACGAGAUCUUCUAGCGCCGCUAGUAAUCGAAGGACCAGCAAUUACGACUGGAUCAUGGGCCUUGCCAUGAUUCUUUAUGUACCAUUCGAAAUUGUUGGAUCCUUUGCGGCACAUAGGGGCAUUGGAGUUGACAUCUGGACCGUCGAGGCCUCGUCCAUGACUCGCACCAUGAUGUUCAUCUACAUUGCCGAAACGCUCUAUCUCGCAAUCCUCGCCCUCACCAAGCUAUCUAUACUCUGCUUCUACUUGAGGGUCUUUCCACAGCACCGCUUCCGCAUUCUAACCAUGGCGGUCAUGGGCUGGAUAGCCCUCUCUGGCAUCAUCUUUGUCUUCCUCCAACUCUUCCAGUGUGUCCCUAUCAACUACAUAUGGGAGGAAUGGAAGCGUGGGCCUUUUGGUCAGCACCGUUGUCUCGAUAUCAACAAAGCUAGCUACGCCGCCGCCCUGUCAAGCAUCGCGCAGGACGUUGUCAUCCUCAUCAUGCCCCUUCCCCUACUCUGGAAGCUCCGAAUCUCAUGGCGGGACAAGGCUAGUGCAAUUGCCAUGUUCUCCAUCGGUUUCUUCGUCACUGUUACCAGUUGCAUCCGGUUGAGGGCUAUGCAUCCCUUUGGAAACUCGCCAAAUCCAACUUGGGACUACACGGAUGCCGCGAUAUGGACCGGAAUCGAGGUAGCUGUGAGCAUCAUCGUUCCGUGUCUGCCUCCGAUUCGGGCGUUCGCCAAAUGGCAGAGGGGAAAGAUGAACAGGAGCUUAGAGGCCGCUACUCACGCCCCAGAGCCAGCCAGCAGGCCGCGACACAUGAGAUCAGUUGCAGGAAGCAUACCACACGGGGUCUGCAAGGUCCCGUUCCUGGAUGCCGGCGGAUCCGGAAUCCGGGAGCCACAAGGAUAUGCCACCAUGUACGAGCGGGAUAUGCGCAUGAAUAACCGGUUAUCGGCAGUUGAGAGUUCAGACGAACUCUUGCAGGCUUUGGAGCCGAAGGGGACUUCCUAG